AAAGUUUAUUUAUCACCUACUUUUGUCGUCGGUAGCAAGUUUAAUCACCUGUCGAACUGAUCAAAAGAUCUUAAUAUUGUCGAGGUAAAGAAAAUGCAGGGUGUGGGAAUAAACAAUUGAAGGUUUUGGCUUCUAAAAAGCUGAUGUAGAAAGUAGAAUAUCAUUAUAUGAUUUUGAAGGCUUGCCAUACCUUUCAUCGACUGGUUGGUAUAUGUGGCCUAUACGAAAGGAAACUUAAGGACUUAAAUCCGGCCAUCAGAAAUAUCACUUAUGACAUUGCGGAUCUCUACAAUUUUAUCGAUGGCCUCACUGAUAUGAGCGCACUAGUAUUCGAGCAUUCAAUUCAGGGAUAUUUGCCUUAUGAUCGGCAGUGGAUUAAACAAAAGAUCUUUCAACAUCUGAAGAAACUAGCACAUUGAGACAGUUAUAGACUACUGCAUUUGUUCUCAAUGACAUUCUAAACUUCUGCAUCAUAUGGAGUUAAAAAGGCACUUGUAUGAAGAGUAAAAAUUUAUCUCGUCUUAUCUGCCCUCGUUACGAUCCCGGGUUUGCUAUUACACGGGAAUCCAUACCUUCUAUGCAUGCAUCUGUAUCUAGAAAAUAUGUGUCCUGUUUUUCUCAUCUUUCACUGAAAGUAUCUGUUAUGAUCCAUGAGGUUGUUGGCUGUUGCAGGGUGCAAGUUUUUUUUA